AAUAAAGUAGUUGAAUAUCGUUAAUUGAUCAGAACGGACGUAUACAGAGCCUUGAGUUUUGGCUAGAGAUUUAGUUAGAGAGAAUUUCAUUAGACUGUGAGUUAAGUAAUCGUUAGAGAAGUAGCAUCUAGAUUUGUUACAAAAGUGGUGGCAGCGGUGGGAUUAUAAUAUAACCCCAAAUCUAGAUGCCAGAGACUCCGAAAGUAUUUCGGAAGAAAAGUAAAGUGAGAACCUGGUUUAACGGAUUAGCCAGAGAAGUUUUGACAGGAGAGGAUUUGCCUGCGAGAGUGUCAAGUGUGGCUACAGGAAAUACAGUGGCUACCUUUCAGGGAUACCCAAGCUUACCCAGCGAUUCUGAAUCGGAAGUAGAGAUGGAGGGACCAUCUUACCCAGCGAUGGAUGGCCUGGCGGAGAUGAGGCAGCAGUUUCAGAUGCUACAAGCACAGCUGGCGGAGACUAAGGAUAAACUGGCGAGUAUUGAGCGGAAGGAUAAGGAGAAAUCAUUCGCCCAGACUUGGCAAGAGGCAGCUACACCGGAAACUCAGGAUCCUAUCGGAAGAGUAGUGGAAAUACUAGAACG